UCGCUGCUGAAACUUGGGCUGACAGACACUUACGAAGCAACAGGUAUACAGCGAGCACAACAUUUAACUAUUUAGCUUCCCCAACAGACGCGCAAACAACACCGGCUGUCGAGAGGAACCGGUGUUACCAGCAUAGGAGUGUCCUCAACUAAUAAAUGCCGUGUUAUAUGCAUGCCCAUUGACAAUAGUGAGGCUUUGGCACGGACGAGGAAGCCCAGACGCGCGCAGGAGUUCACGCUUUACUAUACAAAUCGCAGGUAACACGAGCCAAUAGAAAAAUAAGGGCAGUGCUAAAAAAAAAGGAGGCGGACCCUCGAGUCAAACAUACCUUCUGAUUAAGUAGAGCAAAAGAUCUUAUCGGUUGGGGAAGACGAUACCAACCUGCACACGGCGCACGGAUUUCGGAGGCUGAUUUUGAAGCUGCUGGCUUCUGGGGCAGGUGGCAGUUGCUCGCAGUAUCCUCCGCUGGACUGUUGCGAUACAGGGUGCAGAUAGAGAGAGGGGGUUUAAAUCAGUUCGAGUAAUAAUCACCCUUUCUUUGCGGAGAUGGAGAACGCACACAUUAAAUCGGCAUCUGAAGUUGUAGCUAAUUUCGGGGUAAAUGAAAAUACCGGGCUGACAACUGAGCAAGUGAAAAGGAAUUUUGAGAAAUUUGGGCCAAACGAGCUGCCGGCAGAAAAAGGCAAGUCGCUAUGGGAGCUGGUGUUUGAGCAGUUUGAGGAUCUUCUGGUGCGGAUUCUCCUCCUGGCAGCCUGCGUCUCGUUCGUCUUAGCCUUGUUUGAAGGAGGGGAGGAGAGCACAAUGACUGCCUUUGUGGAACCCAUUGUCAUUCUCAUGAUCCUUGUAGCCAAUGCUGUCAUUGGGGUGUGGCAGGUAAGAGACGACCAUUCGCUUCAGUCUUAA